AUGGGUGAUAAUUGGGAUGAUGAUGACUUCGAGCCUGAGGUUCAAUCUCUGGCCCCACCACCUGCGGUGAUCGACACAGUUCCUGAACCCGCACCAGUGGCGCCGCCUGCACCAGCGGCUAAGGCGCAAAAGAAGAGUAACGCACUUAACAUGGACAGCUUUUCCCGGGAAUUAUCGGCAGCAGAAAGGGAGGAAAUACAGCGACGGCAAGAGCUCGCACUGACUUUAGAAAUGUUCGGAGAGAAGCCAUGUACUGGUGACGAGCGACCUUACAGCGAUAUCCUCACAAAAGACGAAUUUGAAGACUGGGGCCUAAAGGUCGGCACAUUCCUAGCAACACGGCAUAAAGCUGCACACUAUGGCGACAUGCUCAACAAACUAAUCCAAACUGUUGCGGAAAACUUGGAGGCAUCCGAGCUACGAACGAUGUCAAAUUAUUUGAAAACUCUGGCAGAUUCGAAGAAGGCAGCAGAUAAGGUGAAACCUGUCCCUGGCACAAAGAAAGCGCCAAAAGCAACGUUGAAGGUUACUAAGGCCAGCAACAAGCAGGUCUAUGAUGAUUAUGAUGCGGCUGAUGAUUUUGAUGACUACGACGAUUUCAUGUGA